UCGCGACACUGUUUCUGUUGCAGACAAAUGAUUCUUCCGACGUAGGUUUCAUCAAUUUCGUUUUACGGACUGUGCAGCUCGGAGUAUGGAGAGCGCGGCGCUCCGCAGAGCGUUGUGCUGCCCUCGCAUUCGUUAAUUUCGAGGGUUUCUUCAUCCUCCAACCAUACUACGUCCCUAUUCGGCACUUGCUUCGCUGGAGUCGGUUUGGAAAUUGGUUCAGGAAAUGUCAUCUUCUCUGAGCUUCAGCUGAGAAAACGGCGGUUUCAUUGUAAUUUUUGGAUUUUUUUUUUUGGUUAAGUGAGGCUUCCAGAGAAUUCUACGCGUGAGAGCCAGGUUGAUGACAUUGGAGGGGUUAGGAUUUUCGUCGCCAUGGCUGCGCCGGACGAGGCCAUGUUUUUGUAUGACACUUUAGCGCCGCUUGGGGAUGAAAAUUCAGAGAUCGGGAAGAGAGAUUAUACCAGCUUGAAUACUUCCUUUCUGCCGCUUGGAAGCGACGGGAGUCCGAGUAGAGAGGACUCUGUAGUUGAACUGAUAACGUCGUCUGUGGAACGGCAAGAGGCAAAGGUUUUGAGGAACUCGUCACAGAAGUCGAGUGGCUUAGCAGGAGGGAGCAGCUUGACAGCCCUAGUUGCCGCGGAGAAGGCGGUGCUCGCCAAAGCCUCCACCCAAGAGUUCAAAGCGAGGGCUUAUACCUCAGGUUCAACUGGCUUGGAAGUGCUCAGCACUGUUAAUACAUAUUCUCUUACUCGAACCAAUAUUCAAAGCAUUGGCAGUCCUCAAGUUGAAGACGAUGCCGAAACAUCAGAAUUUAUUGCCCUGGAUAUGGAUGACGGGAUUGAUGCGACUGUUGUACAUGAGGCAUUGCAAUAUAAAGGAAAGGGGGUGGGCAAUCUUGUAGACCGUAGUUUGGCUCCGAAAGAAGCUCCUCCCUGGGCCCGUGGUCGCGACUCAUGGAUUCAAAGUCCCCUGUUGCAGCUCCAUCAAGAGAUUGUGGAUUUCUGCGAGUUUGUUGCACCAACUGAGGAAGAACAACAGAUGCGAGAAACCGCAGUGGAGCGAGUAAGCGGUGUGGUUCAGUCAAUUUGGCCUCACUCCCAGGUGAAGGUUUUUGGUUCAUUUGCGACUGGUCUCUACCUGCCCACCAGUGAUGUUGACGUGGUUGUUUUGGACUCUGGAUGUACCGCUCUACAGGAUGGAUUGAAAGCUCUUGCAAAAGCCUUGACGAGGGGUCAUGUGGGCAAAAAUAUCCAGGUCAUCGGCAAAGCUAGAGUACCCAUUAUAAAGUUUGUGGAGACAGUAAGCAAUAUACCCUUUGAUAUCAGUUUUGAUGUUGCAAAUGGACCUGAGGCUGCAGACUUCAUUAAGGCUGCUAUGGGAGCUAUUCCACCUUUGAGGCCAUUAUGUUUGGUGUUAAAGAUAUUUUUGCAGCAACGAGAACUGAAUGAGGUUUAUCAGGGUGGAAUCGGUUCGUAUGCUCUGCUCGUGAUGCUUUUGACUCAUCUGCAGAUGCAUCCAAGCAAACGUCGUGUUAGUAGUCGUGGCCAAGGUCCUCCACUUGAAACCAAUCUCGGCAUUUUACUGGUGGAUUUUUUGGAUUUGUAUGGUCGGACUCUCAACAUGAAAGAUGUGGGUAUAUCUUGUCGAGGUGGAGGAAGGUUCUUUCCCAAAAGAGAUCGAGGUUUCAAUGACUCAAAGCGACCGUUUCUUCUUUGUGUUGAGGAUCCACAGUCACCAGAUAAUGACAUUGGAAAAAAUUCUUAUGCAAUUCAGAAGGUCCGUUCAGCAUUUAUGAUGGCACAUCGGCUCUUGACAAACUUGAGUGCAAACAAUGAAGUUGGUAUACUAAGUCGAAUCGUUCGUGUGGAUGAAAAACUUGUGGGGCGCAAAGUACCUGCAGCCCUUACUCCGAUGGCACAGAGUGUGCCUGCAAAGAGAUCACGUCCGGCAACCUUUGCUGGAUACUAUCAUGAAUCCAAACCUGUGUCGGAUGAGGACCGGUAUGUUGUAGGUGAUGGAACAUUCUCAAAUUCAGAUUCCGACGAUGUACUGGCGUACAAGACUCCACAGAGAGGGCGUCGAGGUCGCUGGCAGGACUACGAGGAGGAGGAUUUUCCUAGGGGAGAAUCAGCAGAUGGUUAUCUGUCUAAGAAGGCUAAAAGAGCUCAUAAAUACAAAGAAAGGGGUAAUGAUAAAGAUCCAUAUCCUAUGCCUCAAUUUACACCUGACAAUUACAAAGAUAUUGUCUCCCUACCUAAAGAGAAAGGAAGUGAGCACUCAAGAAAACGCCGUCGAGAGGAAAACCUGAAAUCGCAUUACAACUCCAGUGAUGUACCGAGAACCAAGAAGUCAUCGAAUGUGGCGGAGAAUUCUGGUCCAGAAGAAGGAGAAGUUAAACUUGGUCGAAGAGCCAGAAAGCGUGAAGAAUUUCUGAGGUGGAAAGCUGAAAAGAGCGAACGUGAGAGCAAGAGCUCGAGCAAUGCCAUCGUGAGUGACGAGGAAACCACAAAGCGUGCAAAAUCUGCGGCUAGGGACAAUGGACGUAAUCAGCACACGCAUUGGAAUGAGGAUGAAGUAGACAAUUCCAGAAGCAGGAAGAAGCAUUCUAGAUUCAAGGAGACGCCAGCAACUAACAGGGAAAAAGACAUCAAGGAUAGGUUGAGGGGUGAUGUAUCUGAUUUUACACGCCGAAUUGUUGUUACGAAACCUGCGCACAAGAAAAUAAAGUAUAUGUAAGUUCUUCAUCCAGGAAAGCUUUGGUUGUACUAUGGUUUAUUUUGGUGCCUAAUUCAUGGUAUGUUGGUAGGUGCCGAUUUUCACUGGCAACUUCGAUUAGAUUGUUUUUGCGCAUGGGAAAGUUAUUACCGACACUUGAGUUGGACAAAUCUAUUCAAUUGAUAAAAGAAAGCUUCAGUUGGAAAAUUCGAUAUUAUGUAUAAAGUCGAAGCAAACACUUGCAAUUUA